UGGUGCGGCCGUGAGCGGAGCAUGGGGCGGCGGCUCCUCCGGGCGCUCCUCUGCCUCCUCCUCCUGGCCGGCCGCGGGCAGCUGGGUGACGGUGUCGCCGCCGCCACCGCCGCACACGGCUGCCUGUUUGACCGAAGGCUGUGCUCCCCCCAGGAGGUGUGUGUGCAGGAUGGGCUGUUUGGGCAAUGCCAGGUGGGCUCCGUGCAGGACAGGCCCUACUUUCAGGUCACAUCUCCUGUGCUCCAGCGAUUGCAGGAUGUCUUGCGGCAUCUCAUGGCCCAAGGGCUCUCGUGGCAGGACGGCAUCACCCAGUAUGUGAUCUCUCAGGAGAUGGAGCGCAUCCCCCGCCUCCGCCUGCCAUCCUCGCUGGAGCCGGUGGCCAGGGACAGGUUCCUGCCUCUCCGCAGCGAGCCCCGGCGAGCCCCGCUAGCCCCAGACGCUGGCCUGCCAGCAGCUCAGCAUCUGGAGCAGCCCCCACCACUGCUGCUUUCCCCUCUGGUGCAGCGGUACCUGGAGCACGUCCUGCUGCCCUCCCCACCCCAGCUGGGCUACGAGGAGGCUCUGCUCAAUCCCUACUCCUACCACAAGUUCGGCUAUCAGGAUGGUGCGCACCAGCAUCCCAGCGGCUCAGCCAGGCAGAGCUCUGAGACCUCCUCACUGCUGGGCCGGGUCCCUGCCCAGACCCUUUUUGGGGCUGGCCCUGUGCCCUCCUAUGGCGGGCAGCCAGGAGUGGAUGGGGGGCAUCUUUUCCAGGACUUGGGCAUGCUUUCCCUGCCCAGAGAGAAAGCUGGCCGCCCGGACCCCGCCAGCACCAGGCUUCAGCACAGCCUGCGGCUCCCCAGUGACUACAGAAACAUAGAGGAGAGGGAGCAGCAAGCACCCCUGGCUGCCCAGCCACCCUCUGCACAGACGGAUGCUGCCCUGAAGAGACUGGCUUCCCUCCUGGCCAGCUAUGGCCUGGGGCUGCCAGAACUGAGUCCCCAGCAGAUAAGCAGCCUAUCCACUCUCCUCCAGCUGCUCCAGAGCUCUGGUGUUGCUGGCCCUGAAGUGCCCACAGCGAAACGGGUGGGUUUGCAGCAGGGUGAUGCUGGAGGAGGUGUCAUGGCACAGGUGAUGGAGGGGGACAUGCAGCAUGGAGAGGAACCAAUGCCCCCUUCUUCCACAGUGCCACCCCCCAAAAUCCCAGCCAGCAGCUCCCCAGGGGAUGGAAUGAAGGGCAGGACAGCAUCCUCACCAGCUCCCCGGGCUGAGCCACAGCAGGGACACAGUGGGGAUGCACUCAACCUCGGGAAGAACAUUGUGGUGAAGAAGAGCUACACAGAGAUGAAAGGAAGUGGGGCACAACAGGGCAUGCGGCCACUAGACGAGUAUGGCUACAUCGUCACAGACCAGAAGCCCCUGGGGCUGGCUGCUGGCGUGCAGCUGCUGGAGCUCCUAGCCAAGCACCUCCACCUCUCCACCGCCAGCUUCAUCAACAUCAGCGUUGUGGGUCCUGCACUUACCUUCCGCAUCCGGCAGAACCCCCAGAACUUUUCACUGGCAGAUGUGGCCAGCCAGACCGAGCAAGUGAAGGGAGAGCUGGAGCACGAGCUGGGCCUGAAGAUUGUGCAAACAGGAGUGGGAGAGAGAAAUGAGGCUGCUGCCUACUCACGCCCAUCCCGCUUUGGGGAUGGCUUCCACUCGGUGCUGCUGACCUUCAUCGCCCUGGCCUGCGUGGCGGUCAUUGCCAUCGCGGUGUCUGCGGCCCUCUGCCUCCGGCGCCACGCCAAGCAGCGGGAGAAGGAGCGCCUGGCUGCCCUGGGGCCAGAGGGUGCUGCUGACACCACCUUCGAGUACCAGGAGCUGUGCCGCCAGCACAUGGCCGCCAAGUCUCUCUUUGGCCGCACUGACGCACCGGCGGCACCAGCGGAGACUUCGAGGGUCAGCAGUGUCUCGUCCCAGUUCAGCGACGCCCCGCAGCCCAGCCCCAGCUCCCACAGCAGCACUCCCUCCUGGUGCGAGGAGCCCGUCCAGUCCAACAUGGACAUCUCCACCGGACACAUGAUCCUGGCCUAUAUGGAGGACCACCUCCGCAACCGGGACCGGCUGGCCAAGGAGUGGCAGGCGCUCUGUGCCUACCAAGCUGAGCCCAGCAUCUGCUCCAUUGCCCAGAGUGAAGCCAACCUGAAGAAGAACCGCAACCCUGACUAUGUGCCCUAUGAUCACGUGCGGAUCAAGCUGAAAGCAGAGAGCAACCCAUCCCGCAGUGACUUCAUCAAUGCCAGUCCAAUCAUUGAGCAUGACCCACGGAUGCCAGCGUACAUUGCCACGCAGGGGCCGCUGUCCCACACUAUUGCUGACUUCUGGCAGAUGGUGUGGGAACAUGGCUGCACUGUCAUUGUCAUGCUGAGCCCCCUGGCCGAGGACAGUGUCAAGCAGUGUGACCGCUACUGGCCAGAUGAAGGCUCCUCUCUUUACCACAUUUAUGAGGUGAACCUGGUGUCAGAGCACAUCUGGUGCGAGGAUUUCCUGGUGCGCAGCUUCUACCUGAAAAACGUGCAGUCGCAGGAGACCCGCACCCUGACGCAGUUCCACUUCCUCAGCUGGCCUGCCGAGGGCAUCCCCACCACCACCCGGCCCCUCCUCGACUUCCGCAGGAAGGUGAACAAGUGCUACCGGGGUCGCUCCUGCCCUAUUAUCGUGCACUGCAGUGACGGUGCAGGCAGGACUGGAACGUACAUCCUUGUCGACAUGGUCCUGAACCGAAUGGCCAAAGGGGUGAAGGAGAUAGACAUAGCUGCUACGCUGGAGCAUAUCCGAGAUCAGCGGCCUGGUAUGGUGCAGACCAAGGACCAGUUUGAGUUUGCACUGACGGCUGUGGCCGAGGAAGUGAACGCCAUCCUGAAGGCACUGCCACAGUGAUGGCAAGGAGCCCUCCCUCCUCCUCUUGUCUGCUCCCAGCCCUGCGCUUCGCACUCUCCUCACCAGCCUCUGGGGCUGCUCUCCCUGUAAAAUGGUGUCUGUGCUUCUGGCUCUGCUUCCCCUGCCCCCAGGCGCCCCUUCCCAUCUCCCCAAGGACACUGACCUCAGGCCCUCUGUGCAGGAACCCCAUCACACCCACUGUCACCUCAGAGGCGACAGGGCUUGUGGCCCUUAAGCCCCGUGGAGGGGGUCACCAGGUGGUGCUGCUGGGAACUGGCAGGGGGACUCCCCAACCUGUCAGUUCUGCGUUAGCCCUCUUCCUGUACCCAUGUGGGGGGCAGAAGUGGGGGCAGGGGUCCUCCACAGUCAGGGGGAGCAUGGGGUGCAGGGGAGUCUGGCCCAGCUCCACUCCAGGUCCCCUUUGUGUGCUCCCUGCCUAGUCACUCAAGCAGAAGAAAAAUUUCUAGAGAACUAUAAUUUUGUAUCUUGAUGUGAAUAAAGUUAUUGUGUCA